GAUAGGAAGCCACUCCAGAAAGCCGGUCAGUUGGGAGGCAUAGAAAUAUUUACCACCUUCUCCUUGGAAUACACGUUAUGAAUACCUUCUGGAGCAUGUCUACAAGUUCUGUGCGCAAGAGGCCUGAAACCGAAGAAAAGGCCCUGGCUGGCGAGCCAAAGAACAGCCCUCCCCGCACCGCCCCCAAAAAGCAGCUGCCGACGAUUCCCAAGAACGCUGUGCCAAUGACCAAACCUGCUUCUCCUGCCCUUUCUGCUCAGUCUACAAAUGGGACGCACGCCUCUUACGGGCCUUUCUACUUGGAAUACUCCCUCCUGGCAGAAUUCACUCUGGUCGUGAAGCAGAAGCUGCCGGGUGUCUACGUGCAGCCUUCUUACCAAUCGGCGUUAAUGUGGUUUGGAGUUAUAUUCAUACGGCACGGCCUGUAUCAGGACGGUGUGUUUAAAUUUACAGUCUACAUCCCUGACAACUAUCCAGAUGGUGACUGUCCGCGCCUGGUCUUCGACCUGCCCAUCUUCCACCCACUGGUUGAUCCCGUCUCGGGAGAACUGGAUGUGAAAAGGGCCUUUGCCAAGUGGAGGCGAAACCACAACCACAUAUGGCAAAUCCUGAUGUACGCCCGCAGAGUUUUUUAUAAGAUUGACACUACCAGCCCGCUAAACCCUGAAGCUGCUGUGCUAUAUGAAAAGGACGUCCAGCUUUUCAAAAGCAAGGUGGUCGACAGUGUUAAGCUAUGCAGCAGUCAUUUAUUUGAUCCGCCGAAAAUAGAGGACCCCUAUGCAAUUAGUUUUUCACCGUGGAAUCCAGCUAUACAUGAUGAAACUAGAGAGAAGAUGUUGAGCCAGAAGAAGUCAGAGGAUCCACAGUGCAAAAAUACACAAGUGUCUGGCCUGUCAUGGGUAAAGCCCGGCUCGGUCGAGCCUUUCAGCAAAGAGGAAAAGACUCUGCCUACUUAACUCCUGCGGACAGGGAAGAAAAAAGCACUCAACACUUUCUGCAGGAAAAGGGAAUGUAACAAGUGAGCCAGAUGGCAAAGCGGUGGAUUUUUUUUUUCCUUCUUGACUUUGGAUUAGUAAAGAGUAAAAUACUAACAGUGACUCGAGUAAACCCGCUCAAAUGGAUUGGCUUGGACUCUUCUUGAU